AUGAAGUUUCAAAACUUGAAAUCAUGGUUAGGCACGAGCCUUAAACAUUUGAAAGCAGUUAAAACAGUAUUUAACUGCAAGGGAGACAUAUUGAAGAAUUUUGGCGCACAAAAGACGCAAGCUGUUAAGAGUCUCGAGAGUAAUUUCUUGAGUGCUUCUGAAGCAUUUGAAAGUCGAUUUGGUAAAUCUUGGGAAGACAAACUACUUUUAGUAUUAGAUAACUUCAGCUCUUGUCAAGAGAUUUACUUUUAUUAUCAACUUAAGAGUCGUUUGAAAACUAUACAACAAAAAGUUUUAAAAUGCUGCUUCGUGUUUAAAUUCUUGAUAGCUUUAACCAAAUAUCUAAACAUUUCACAACUGUUUCUGAGGUUUCGCGUUCGUUCAUGUUUGAAAAUUAAGAAUUCAAUGCCAGCAUAA